GCAGCUCAGCUGGAUUUUCAGGCUGGUUCACUGUCGUUUCACACCUCAAAGAUCAGCUGAUUCGCCUUCAGAGGGUUAAAAUGAAAAGGAACAGCGUUUAUAGGUUUUUAUCAGUCUUCUCUUGUCUGCUUGUGUGCGUUUUCCUUUUCUUUUGGGGUUUUGCCUUUUAUUCGAUGGUUUUGGCACCAUAAGACUCUUAUUGGACUCUUUCAGAAACAACACAAGAGAACGCGACACACACUUAAACAAUUGAACGACUAAUCAACGUGAUUUAACUAUAUUUGCACAUCGUUUAUGAUCGCGUUUAUAAUUAAACACCAUUAUAGUAAACGCGCGGGUGUGUGUGUGUGCUAACACCGUUAACUCUGACAGCAUUUGUAAAGAUGUCAACACGUUGAAGACAGCAUUUCUAAUUCGAAAAUUAGUUCAAAGAAAACUUCACCACGUCUUUAGUUCUGUAGCUUAAUCGCUUAUUUAAUUAUUUGCGAAACGAUAGCUGUUCAUAUUCCAAAACAAAACAACUGCGCAUGCGUGAAGCAUGCCUGUGGUCACAUGACGCCAACAAGGAAGUGUUUGACUGUGUGUGAGUACCCCUAACAUCAUCUCGAUGGCUGAAUCCAGUCUGAAGCUUCAGUUCGCUCCAUUCUGCAGUGCUCUGGAGGCCGGAUUCUGGCAUCAGCUCACACAAAAGAAACUCAAUGAGUACCGCUUAGACGAAAGUCCUAAAAGCAUCAAGGGAUAUUACUAUAACGGUGAUGCUGUUGGUCUGCCGGCGCGCUUGACACUGGAGUUCAGUGCAUUCGAUGCGGAUGGACCCACGCCGGCGCGCUGCUGUCCCGCAUCAGGAACUCUGUACAACACAAACACACUCGAAGCCUUCAAAUCCACCGACAAAAAAGCCCUGCUGGACAAAGCAGCCAAUGAGAUCUGGAGCGCUAUUCAGUCCGGCGCUGCUCUCGAAGACUCUUCAGUCCUCAACAGAUUCAUCCUCUUGACAUUUGCGGAUCUGAAGAAAUAUCACUUCUAUUAUUGGUUCUGCUUUCCUGCGCUCUGCUUUGUGGAGGGCGUCCAGCUGCUGCGCGCGCCGCUGUCAUUAGAGCAGCGUUUCUCUGACAAACAGAUAUUGAGUUUGCAAUCGGCGUAUGAUAAUCUCUGUGCCUCAAGCGGAACGACGGCAGUCCCACAUUUUUUGCUGAAAUACUCUGAGGAAAGUGUUGAAGUGGCUCAUCUGAAAGACCUGAACUCCUUCUUCCCGGACCUAAAGAAGGUGGCUGUGGGUGUGUACGACCCAUGCACGCUGCCUCAGCAUCCCGGAUGGCCUCUCAGAAACCUCCUCGUCCUCCUCGCUAAAAAGUGGGCUUCACAGCUGGAUGUUGUGGAGGUUCUGUGCUUCAGAGACCGAACUCUCCAAGGCAUUCGCUCCGUCCAGCACAGCAUCAUCUUUCAGCUCAGACUCUCAGACCUAGGGCCUUCUGCAGUGUGUCCGAAGAGUGUGGGCUGGGAGAAAAAUGCUAAAGGAGCGAUGGGACCCAGAAGUGUUAAUCUUAGUGAAUGUAUGGACCCCAAGAGGCUGGCGGAGUCAUCUGUGGACCUGAACCUGAAGCUGAUGCGCUGGAGGCUGGUACCGGCUCUGGAUCUGGAGAAAGUGGUGUCCACGAGGUGUUUACUGCUGGGAGCCGGAACACUGGGCUGCAAUGUGGCCAGAACACUGAUGGGCUGGGGUGUGCGGCACAUCACAUUUGUGGACAAUGCAAAGAUCUCGUACUCGAACCCAGUGCGGCAGCCGCUCUACGAGUUUGAAGACUGUCUGAGUGGAGGAAAGGCCAAAGCACUCGCCGCCGUGGACAGACUGAAGAAGAUCUUUCCUGGAGUGAAUGCAGAAGGCUUCAACAUGAGCAUCCCGAUGCCCGGACACCCGGUCAACUUCUCAGAUCUGACCGUAGCUCAAGCGCAGCAGGACGUGGAGCAGCUAAAAAGACUCAUUUCUGAACACGACGUGGUGUUUCUGCUGAUGGACACGAGAGAGAGUCGCUGGCUGCCCACCGUCAUCGCUGCCAGCCAGAGAAAGUUAAUAGUAAACGCUGCUCUAGGAUUCGACACAUUUGUGGUAAUGAGACACGGCCUGAAGAAACCCAGAGAGUCUGAAGAGUCCAGUCCGAUGUCUGCCUCUUCCAACUCCUCAUCUUCCAACACACCGGCCGCCACUGUUACUGCAGGAUCCUCUCUGUUCUCCAACAUCCCUGGUCACCGCCUCGGCUGCUACUUCUGCAAUGAUGUGGUGGCUCCUGGAGACUCCACCAGAGACCGGACUCUGGACCAGCAGUGUACAGUGAGCCGCCCGGGUCUGGCCAUGAUUGCUGGAGCUCUGGCUGUGGAGCUGAUGGUGUCUGUACUGCAGCAUCCAGAAGGGGGUUACGCAGUGGCCAGCAGCAGUGACGACCGCAUGAAUGAACCGCCGACCUCUCUGGGUCUCGUCCCUCAUCAGAUUCGAGGAUUCCUGUCCAGAUUUGACAACGUUCUGCCUGCCAGUUUGGCCUUCGACAAAUGCACCGCAUGUUCACCCAUAGUUCUUGAAAACUAUGAGCGAGAAGGUUUCCAGUUUCUAGCGAAGGUCUUCAACUCGUCCCAUUCUUUCCUGGAGGAUCUGACCGGCUUAACUUUACUCCAUCAGGAGACGCAGGCUGCUGAGAUCUGGGACAUGAGUGACGACGAGAGCAUCUGAACAUCUUCAUCUGUGCGUUCACAUGCAGAGACAGCUCAGAGACUGCUGGAAGUGUUGAUGUGAAGCUUCAUGUUAUACCUGUGAGUCUCCAUCAGAAACACUGACGCUCUGUAUUAAACAUCUGAAUAUAUAUAUAUACACACACACACACACACAUGUAUUACUCUGUUGGUCAUUUGCAGCACUCCCCAGUUUCAUUCCACAGACGUCAUUUUGAUGCAUUUUCCAAACACAGAUGAUUAGUUUUAUAUAUCUUUAAUGAAAGCUAAGACUGUUUAAUUCCAGCAAAACCCUUAAACAUUCAUGAAGACAUCCUAACAGCAAUUAUUGUCAAACAUGUGCUUCAAAUGCUUUCAUAUUAAGAUCUACGCUGUAAAAACAGAGCUUCUCUGAGAGUUUAGUCUUGUUUUUAGUCCUUCAAUCAAGAAGCUUUAUCUUCAUAUGGGCUUGUUUUUGAGUCUAAAUGAAGCGAGUUUUUCCUUUAAACAUGUCAAAUAAUCAGCCAACGCUGGUAAAUGAAGUAAACUAGUUUCUGUUUAGCGGUAACAUUAUUUUACUCGCCUCUUUAGGAGAUUAUUUGACUUGUUUUAAAGAAAAACUCAAUUCAUUUUGACAGAUUUUCAAUAAUUGAUUAUUUUUUUUGCUCGUCUAGAAAAUGCUUCAGGAAACAAGACUAACUCUGCGUAAGAAAAGCGUUUUUGCAGUGCAAGUGAAGCUUUUAUUAAGUGUAUUUAUGAACGUGAAUCAUCAUACUCGGGGUGCAACUCUUAGACAAAUGUCAGAUUCUCUAAAACACUGAAUAUCACUGACCUGUAAUGACCAUAACAAACAACAACAUGCUGAUGUAAGAGUGUGUGUAUACACUGUCUGCUUUCUGAUCAUAAAAGUGAACGCUUCACACA